CGCAAGGUUUCAACGGACGAUAGCGGAAGGCUGCAUCUUUUUGCCUGCAUCUUCAACUCAUCCCGUACAUUAUAACAUUUAGGCAGGUCAUGAAGGCGACUACGGGUGUAUUGCUUUUGUUGGUGCUAUCCGCGUGCGUGCUCUCGUUGGCCCAAGCAGCCAGGAGCCGGCCCAGCAGCCAGAACAGCUUCCGAAAGGCGGCCAACGGCUUCUAUCAGACGCUGAGCAACGUGUUCGGCGAAGAGAACAUCCGAGGCCUUUACAAGUUCUUCUCCAAAGCAACAGAACGCUUUGUUCAUGGCGUGGACUCCUUCCUUGACACGAUCUGGAAAAUUUGGGUCGAUUUCCUCGAUGUGAUGGGAAUUGACUCAUCCAACCUGAGCCACUACUUCAGCCCGGCAUCCCUAAGCAGCAACCCAGCACGCGCCCUGCCCCUCAUGGCCGGUGCCCUUGCAGCCCUGUGGUUGCUGUCUGUGUUCCUGGGCGGGGUGUUCUACGUCCUGCACAUUUUGUUCGGCCGCUUCUUCUGGCUGGCGCGUGUGGUUCUGCUGGCAAUGGCCUGCCUUUACGUGCUGCAGAAGUUCGAGGGCGACCCCGAGCGCGCACUGCUACCGCUGUGCGUCAUCAUGGCACUGUACUUCAUGACUGGUCCCGUGGGUGUGUACUGGCGACGCGGCACCAGCUCGCUGGAGGAGAAGAUAAAUCACUUGGACACUCAGAUCCGCCUGCUCAACAUCCGGCUGAGUCGGGUCAUCGAUGGCCUGGAGCGCAUGGACGAGUAAAAGCAGCAGCAGCAGCGCCCCCUCCACCGGUAUUUAAACGUCCAAUCAGAAUUUCACCUGCUUGAGUUCAUGGCCUAUUGUCCUCAAGUAUUUCAAGCCUUUGUUUGCAUGACGCCCACUACAUUUUAUGUUUACGACAGUGGCACCUUGAACUAGGUCAAAACCUUUAUCGGGUGUACAGGCCAGGUUUAAAGUCACAUUUUAACAUUUACCUGUCAUACGUGUGUAAAAAGAAGUCUCGGUGAUUGGUUCUCACAUCAGCCUUGUUCACGAUUCGAAUCUUUGCAAUGAAUCACCGGAAAUACGGUGGAUGAUUCAGUCGUUUUCGGUUCACUGACUCGAGUUAUUGGAAAGACUGUCGACUCUCAUUUAAUAAAAUUGGUAAACUCACUCCAGUUCGUGAAAAGGAAACGAAGAUGAUUUAGAUCUAAGGAUGCACCACUCACAAUUUUCUGGCGGACUGCUCAAAAGUAGUUCUCUGAAUAAAAACUGACAGUUGCUGAUUUUUAUUUGUUUUCCUCAUUCCGUGGAGUGAGAUGAGAUCAGUGGAGAAGAUGGAUUCUAUUUUAAGGCAUCAUUUUUGGGCCUCAUACCUUGCAGUGUGGAGGUAGCUUUGGUCAGAGUUCUACUCUGAUGACCAGUAACGCAGCGAUCCCCAUGACUACUUGCUAGCCAUCUUCUCUAACUAGCACGACACUGAAACACGAUGGACAAAGUACUUUACACUGACUUCAGAAAU